AUGUCCAGCUCCACCCUCGACGAGAGCUUGGUCACCUACCUCAAGGCCCACGCCCCGAAUAACGCUGCCGACGAGACCGACGCCGUCAAGGCGUCCCAGGCUCUCUUUCCCGAGGCCAAAUACAGCGACGCCGAGAAGAAGGAGAUCAGCCAAUGGCUCUCCUCUGCCUCCCACAUUGCCUCUGCUUCAGAUGACGCCGCAAAGUCCGCCGAGCGUUUCGCGUCGCUGAAUACACACCUCGCCAGCCGCACCACCGUCCUGGGCGCAAAGCCCUCCGUCGCAGACAUCGCUCUUUACCAGAAGCUUGCGCCUGCUGUCUCAAAGUGGAGCGCGGAGGAGAGGACCGGCGAGCAGGGCUACCACCACAUUGUCCGCUAUGUCGACUUCGUCCAGAACUCGCCUGUGUUUGGCUUGAAGCUUGAUGAGAAGGUCAACAUCGAUCUGGACAGCGUCAUCUUCAAGAUUAAGCCCGUCGAUGCGAAGGCCGAGAAGGAGCGCAAGAAGAAGGAGAAGGAGGCGGCCGCUGCCGCUGCUGCUGGCAACGGCACUACACCCACAACCCUGACCGGCGAGCAGGGCGCCGAGGCCAAGAAGAGCAAGAAGGAGAAGGUCAAGGACCUUGCACAAGCAGCCGGCGAUGCUGUCGCAGGAACUGUAGCUGGUAACCCCACAAACCCCACAGAAGGCAAGAAGGGCGCGCCCGAGGGUGCACCAACCCAGAAGAAAGAGAAGAAGAAGAAGGAGCCCAAGCCCCAGAAGGCAGCACCGGUCGAGAAGCCUCUCUCGCCCGCUCUCAUCGACCUGCGCGUCGGCCACAUCCUGAAGGCCGAGACCCACCCGAACGCCGACUCUCUCUUCGUCAGCACCAUUGCCUGCGGCGACGCGCCCGGCACAGAAAACACCUCGGAAUACGAGGGUCAGGUCGUCCGCACCGUCUGCUCGGGUCUGAACGGCCUGAUCCCCCUCGCCGAGAUGCAAAACCGCAAGAUCAUCGCCGUCUGCAACCUCAAGCCCGUCACCAUGCGCGGCGUCAAGUCGUGCGCCAUGGUCCUCGCCGCCAGCCCACGCGUCAAGGAGGGCGAGGACGCGCACAAGGGGCCAGUCGAGCUGGUCAACCCGCCUGCGGACAGCAAGGCCGGCGACAGAGUCUUCUUCGAGGGCUGGGAGGGCGAGCCCGAGGGCGUGCUCAACCCCAAGAAGAAGGUCUGGGAGACUAUCCAGCCUGGCUUCACUACCACAGAUGCUCUCGAGGUCGGUUUCAAUGUUGCCGAGGUACCGCAGUUGAGCGGCGAGGGGCCGGAGAAGAAGACGGGUGUCGCCAAGCUGAAGACAGCCGCGGGCUUGUGCAGUGUCUCGACACUCAAGGACGCUGUUGUGCGAUGA